UUUUAAAGCCGAGUAGGGCGUGAAAGUGUGUGUUGUGCCGCUUGUUUCGCUCCGCGUUUCUUCGACGCACCCGUACCUGGAAAAUAUGUGCAAAUAGUAACGUGCGCGUUCGAUCCACCCUUUAUCUCCGCGGUUACAAGAGACAAUUAUGUUCGGUGCUGCAUUUACGUGAUCGACAGUGAAAAAAGGGAUACGAUGUUCCGCUACAUUCCAAUUUUUAAAGGGUGUAACAGGCAGGUGGAAUACGUUGACAAGCGUCAUUGCUCUCUGCCGAGCGUCCCCGACGAUAUCCUGAGAUACUCGAGGAGCUUGGAGGAACUUUUGCUCGACGCAAAUCACAUACGCGAGCUGCCGAAGAACUUCUUCCGUCUUCAAAGGCUUCGAAAGCUCGGGCUCAGUGACAAUGAAAUCGGUCGUUUGCCGCCGGACAUACAGAAUUUCGAGAACCUCGUGGAGUUGGACGUCUCCAGGAACGAUAUACCAGACAUUCCUGAAAACAUUAAAAACUUACAAGCGUUACAAAUUGCAGAUUUUAGUAGUAAUCCUAUUCCUAGACUUCCUGCAGGGUUUGUAGAGCUAAGAAAUUUAACUAUUCUUGGCCUGAAUGAUAUGUCCCUUGCAAAAUUGCCACCAGAUUUUGGAAGUUUGGAAGCAUUACAAUCAUUGGAGUUACGUGAAAAUUUACUCAAGGUUUUACCUGAAUCUCUUUCAAAACUGAGUAAACUUGAACGACUAGACCUUGGUGAUAAUGAACUUGAAGAAUUACCAACCCACAUAGGAAAAUUACCAGCAUUACAGGAACUAUGGCUGGAUCAUAACCAAUUACAGCAUUUACCUCCUGAAAUUGGUGAACUAAAAACAUUGGCAUGUUUAGAUGUUUCUGAAAAUCGUUUAGAGGAUCUUCCUGAAGAAAUAAGUGGUUUAGAAUCUUUAACAGAUUUACAUUUAUCACAAAAUGUUAUUGAAAAGUUACCAGAUGGAAUUGGUGAUUUGAAAAAGUUAACUAUUUUGAAAGUCGAUCAGAAUAGACUAUCUACCCUUAAUCCAAAUAUAGGAAGAUGCGAGAAUUUGCAAGAAUUAAUUCUGACAGAAAAUUUUCUUUUAGAAUUGCCUGCAUCUGUAGGAAAUCUUCUUAAUUUAAAUAAUCUAAAUGUGGAUAGAAAUAGUCUACAAACUCUUCCCACAGAAAUUGGAAAUUUAAAACAAUUAGGUGUACUUUCUUUAAGAAAUAACAAAUUGAAGUUCCUUCCAAUAGAAGUUGGCCAGUGUUUGUCUCUACAUGUUUUGGAUGUAUCUGGAAAUAGGUUACAAUACUUGCCAUAUUCUUUAAUAAAUCUCAAUCUAAAAGCAGUCUGGUUGAGUGAAAAUCAAGCACAACCUAUGUUGACCUUCCAAAAUGAUAUUGAUGAAGAAACUGGAGAAAAAGUACUUACAUGUUUUCUUCUACCCCAAUUAGAGUAUCAUCCAGAUGAUUCUGGAAGAUUAGGUACGUUGGUUGGAAUAAGAACUGUUCAAGGAGACAUACCUGAACUUAGUGAUGACGAAGGAUGGCAAGAACGGGAAGCAUCUAGAACACAUUCGGUAAAAUUCACAGAUGAACCACCUGAAGCAGAUAAGGAGACACCAUUUGUUCGACAAAAUACGCCCCAUCCGAAAGAACUAAAAGCAAAAGCUCAUAAAUUGUUUAGUAAAGGAAGAAAUGACAGUAGAUCUGGUUCUACUGAUGAACAGGAUGUUUCUCAAACAUUUGGUUUAGAUAAAACUGAAUCAGAUACAUCAAUCAGACCCACUGAAGAAGUACAAAAUGUAAUAGAACAAGAUCAAUUUUCAGAGCAUGAAGUUUCUAGAGGCGAACAAAAAGAAUUAGAAACAUUACCUGAUAGUACAGAUACUCAAACUAACAAUGAAACUGCUGCUGCCUUUUCUUCACAGGGUGCUACAGAACCAACUAUUAAUACAGGUUCCGAUGGAACUAUAUCAGAUUUAAAAGGUAAGGAUGAUGAUGAAUCUGAAACUGAAGAUAUGCAAAGGCAUGUCGAGUUUUCUGUUAUAGAAGACACAGAUUAUGAAGGAUCUGGUGAAACAAGUAAACCAAAUAGACUUCAUCGUCGGGACACACCACAUCAUUUAAAAAAUAAACGUAUUCAUACAGCAAUAGACAAAGAAAAAGUAGCUUCACUUAUUGCACAGGCAUUAAUGAAAAAAUCUGAUGAGACUCCUACAGCAAUUGUUCCUGAACAAAUAGAAUCCUCAGAAAAUAUAGAUGUACAUAGCCAAGGUGCAACAUCGGAUGUAGAACCAACAUUAGAAGUAAGAGAAGAACAAUAUGAGAUUCAUAUUGAACGAACGACAGGUGGACUUGGCUUGUCUAUAGCAGGAGGCAUUGGAUCAACCCCAUUUAAGGGUGAUGAUGAAGGCAUUUUCAUAUCUAGAGUUACAGAAGGUGGACCUGCUGACUUAGCUGGUCUAAGAGUAGGGGAUAAAGUAAUAUCUGUUAAUGGAGUUUCAGUAGUAAAUGUAGAUCAUUAUGAUGCUGUUGAAGUUCUCAAAGCAUGUGGGCGUGUAUUGAUACUAGUUGUGUUAAGAGAAGUAACAAGAAUAGUGCCAUCGUAUGAGCAGAAUUCAAUGAGAAAAGACUCAUUGUGCUCUAGUUUGAGCACAAGUAGAGCACCAAGUGCAACAUCUUAUGUAUCAUCUACAGCUUUAUCACAUAAUUUAGAAAAUGGUGAUACUUGUAGUACACAUGAAGCUGCAAAGGUAAAGAGGCUUCCUGAACUAUUAUCUUCAAAAACAGGUAGUGAACCUAUGGUGUCUGUUCUUAUACAUACAACAUUAAUACGGGACCAAAAUGGAUUAGGAUUUAGUAUUGCCGGUGGUGAAGGUUCUCCACCAGUUAAAGACAAUAGUGAUGCUAUAUAUAUUUCGAGGAUAACUGAUGGUGGAGUUGCACAAAAAGAUGGCAAGUUAUUAGUUGGAGAUAAAGUAAUAUCUAUUAAUGGAGUUGAAAUGAGAGGAGCCAAACAUGAACAAGCAGUAGCUUUACUUACAGGCUUAGAAAGAUUUGUUCGACUCGUUGUUGAACGUGAAAUGCCACUUUCUCAAGCAAACCCAGCUACAGUAGUAACUCCUUCCGAGAAAUCGCCUCGCGUUAUUGGUGCACCUAGACCAUAUACAGGGUUAUAUAAUGCUAAUAGCUAUAUGGCAAAUCGACCAGCUUAUGCUGGUUAUCGUCGUUCUAUGGAUGCUGAGAAAACUUUAUCUCCAAGUCCUACUUCAAAAACACCACCACCAAUAAAAUCAGACAUGGUGAAUGCAGCACCAAAAAUGAAUGGCAUUGGUGAUCCAGGAAAUAACGUUAAAAGCGUUCCUUCUGUGCCGCUAAGUCCAACAAAUAGUCAAAUUUAUCCACAACCUGCUCCAAGACACAGUGUAACGCAGUCAACGGCAACACCUACUACUAAUACUAAUUCUACACCUACGUCUUCAACGGAACCUAGACCAACAUCCCCGUUGGAAGAUAUACAGGUACCGAAGCCAAUCACCAACGAGGAAUUUCAGGCCAUGAUACCUGCCCAUUUCCUUCGACCUCCAACAUCCUCACCUUCGCCAGAUUCCCAUCAAGGUCCUAUUGUGACAGUGACGAUCAAGCAACCUGACAAUCUACCCGGGGAUGUUAACUUCCCUCCAGCUCCUACAACAAUUGGUAAAGUUACUGAAACCAUCACAAAGAGUACACUCACAGAGACCGUCGUUACUAGAGUGACUGACAAUCAACUGGUGCAGCCAGUUAUCAUUGAGGAUGUCAUCUUGGUGAAAGAAGGAUCACUUGGAUUCAGUAUAAUAGGAGGAACUGAUCAUUCCUGUACUCCAUUUGGUGCAAAGGAACCUGGAAUUUUUAUAUCUCAUGUUGUACCAGGUGGUAUAGCAGCAAAAUCUGGUAAGCUUAGAAUGGGUGAUAGAAUACUGAAGGUAAAUGGAACUGAUGUAACAAAAGCGACUCAUCAGGAAGCUGUAAUGGAACUUUUACGACCCGGAGAUCAAAUUGUACUUACUGUACAGCAUGAUCCUCUUCCAGAAAGUUAUCAGCUGGUCGAAAUAGAGUACAUCCCUGUGACAGAAUUGGUAAUUAUAAAAGAACCAGGAGAAAAAUUGGGAAUGCAUAUUAAAGGAGGACUUAGAGGUCAAAAAGGCAACCCCCUUGAUCAUACAGAUGAAGGAGUUUUUAUAUCUAAAAUUAAUUCAGGUGGAGCAGCUAAGAGAGAUGGAAGAUUAAAGGUUGGUAUGAGGCUGCUAGAGGUCAAUGGAACAUCGUUAUUAGGUGCAACUCAUCAAGAAGCUGUAAACAUUCUCCGGUGCUCAGGAAAUACAAUCACUUUGGUAGUUUGUAAAGGUUAUGACAAAAACGAAGUUGAGUCAGUAUUACCUUUAUCCGAUGGCAGAGAUUCUAAAGAAUCAAGAGUUUCACGAGAGUUUAAAGAUCCACCUCCAGAUGACAUCAAAUCAUUGUCACAAAGUAUAUCUAGCUUAGAUCGUGACGAUGAAGAAGCUGCAACACUUAGACAAGAACAGGAAAUGAAAGCCGAACUUGUAGCAUGGGAACAAGAAGAGAGGGAGCGAGCUUUAAUUGAACAAAGGGAAAAAUCUACUCCUGAGAAAGUUCUAGAUGUAGUGAGAGCAGCAGAAUCCCUAGUACAUAAAUCAAAUAGUCCAGUUGAUAUGGUUGUACCACCGAAGUCUCCAAGUGGUACAAAGGAUCUCAAGACUACGACGAUCGUGAUGAGUAAACAUACAUUAGCUCCUCAGAAUCCAACAUGGAAAGAAAAAAUUGGAGCAUCAAUGGAUUGUUCUUCAACAAAAUCUCCGGUCUCUACUCUUACUACAACUGCAAAUUUCAAUCGUUCUGCUUCUACUCAAACAUUACCUUCCCCAAAAAAGAAGAACUUUACAGUACCUAAACGUAGCAUUACAUUUGCUGAUCUUCCACCAGUUUCUAAAGAAAACACGGUUGGUGUUCCCUUUUCGCCCACUGUAAAAUCUAAAUCAGUAUCCAAAGAAUUAUUCCCAUCCAUGCAUGAAACUUUUCUUACACAAUCUCAAAUAUCUUCUUAUCCAAAAAAAACUUAUCAAAACCCAGUACAAAAUACACAACCACGUUUUCAACUUCCUCCUACACCUAUGACUGCUCCCGAAUAUGUGGGGAAAUUAGGUUCUUCAACUUGCUUUAACAAACGACAGAUAGCACGCUCUGUUGAUGGAAAAGGUCAGGUUGAGCUUUCACCAACAUCAUCUCCAUCACCGUCACCAGUAAAAAUGUCAGUCAGUGAUAAGAAGAAAUUAUUUGAAAGUGCCAUGGAAGAACAUCUUAAACCUUCUCCUAAACCAGAAAAAGUAUUUAGCUUUUUAAGUCAAGAUGAAGUUGAAAAGAUGAAACAAGAAGAAGAAAAAAAAAUUGCAACAUUAACAAGAGAUGAAUUAAAAUCAUGGGCCCAGCUAGAUGAAAAUGAAGGUCUUGAAGAUUUGGAAGAUACAAUAGAUCAGGAUGACAGGCGCCCUAAUAGCAGACUGAGUUCGCGAAGUUCGGUCACUCUUCUGCAGAAUGUUCCAAGUACAGUGAGGACAGCAAAGGCAGAACGUCGAUUGAAGGAGAGAAUGAUACAAGAGGGCUUGAUUUCUGAUGAAGAUGAAGAAAGUCAUUUAACUCCUGCUGAACAACGAGCUCUACGAGCAGAAAAACGUGCUGCAUGGCGGCAAGCUCGUUUAAAAUCGCUUGAACAGGAUGCCCUUCAGGCUCAAAUAGUUAUUAAAAAAAUGAGCGAAAUGAUGGAUACCACGGAUAAAGCAGAAACGUUGGAGGAUAGGACAGAUGCAGAUCAUAUUUCUGAUCAAGAAAAGAUCACUGAAUUCACUACGUUACGGCCAUCUAGCGCAGAUUUUCCUAAACUUGCUGUGCGCAGCAAAGUGGGUCCUCCUAAAGAAAUACGUGAAUCUGAGAAAGUAGUGGACGAGAAGGUCACUCGGCGUACUGAAGAAUAUGUGGAUGAGGUGACAGGUGAACGUCGUGUACGAACAGUCGAAUACGUCGAGAAGCUAAUUGAGCGACAGGUUGAAACUUUGAGAGAAAAAAUUAUAUCAUUGGAAUUAAGUAAUGCUGAAGAUGAGAUAGAAAGCAUAACUGGGACUGGAGCAAGUGAUGCUGAAAGUGAAAACGAGGAACUUGCAAGCCAGCCUUCUGGUACAGGUAUGCUUCAAGAAAAAGCUGAUUCUCUUACUUCAACAAGUGUAACUGAAGGUGCUGCAUCUAAACAAAAUACAAAUAUUAUUGUUACUACGACGAAGAAAAAAAAACGAAAACAAGGUCGAAAAAAAAAUCGACAUUGAGAAUAAAAUAGGCUAAAGUAUUAAUAUUGAACUUUUACAAAGUUUGUUUAAAAAAAGACAACAAUAAUCAUUGUACUAUAAUAUUGUUUUUCAAGUAUUUCAUAUACACAAUUUUUUAAUCUCGUACAGUUAGACCAUUAUAUAUAUAUAUA